AUGGCAAAACUCACUGACGAGGCCGACUUCGAUGCCGGCAAAACGUCUGGGAAUGUAUCACGUCCUUGGUCCGACUUUGGAAAUGAUCAUGAAUACAAUGGACUCCGGACUAGCUUAACACUUGUUUGCAUUCCACUCGUCAAUAGGUGUGCCAAUUUUUGCAAGUUUAGUGUUGCUUUAUCGUACCUGCUACUCACCUCAGCCCCCUUUCUCAUUCGAUCGGCUAAUCCAACUCGAGCCUUCUAUCUGGAUCCGUAG